AUGGAGUCUCAACUCGCUAUAUGCAAGAAUCCGUCAUUCCCCAUUCAGCAGACCGCCCCCAAGCCGUACUUGGCUGUGUGCGCAGAAAUCACACCGAAGGGUCGCAACUGGAAUGCCGAGUUUCAACUGGCCUGGGAGAUGGAGAAUGACAGCAUCGAGCAAGCGGAGCUUCGGAUGCGCAUCCUUCAUCAGAUUGAGCGCGACUUCGAGAGAGAGGCGGCAGACACGAUUGUCAAGAUCGUGCGAUUAGAGAAGGACAUGCCGGCGGAGCUGCUGAACUUUGUGCAGUGCUUCAGGGUGCGCAACAUUUUUUUUCGUAUUCUGCCGGACAGUCGUUCUGGCCGAAACUACAUCGCUUCCUUGCGAGGAAUUCUGCAGAGCGACAGUCACCUCCUCUCGGUGCCGCUCUCCACCAUGUUCUACUACCGCGGCAUGCCGGUGCUAGCCCAGGCGCUAGUGCCCAUGACGAAGCGACCGAAGCGGCUUUACGGGGUGCAUUCCGCCAACGAUGUCGAGGUCGAGGCUGAGCUCGCGUUUAUCGCGGAGGCGCUCCACAUUCCGCUCCCCGACACCGGCAUAGAGGUCUACGAGGCACUGGAUGGGCGCUACUACGUCACCAACUCGAAUGCAACGCUGACGCCGCUGUUUGUGGAUGACACGAUCAUGAAGCGCCAGGAAAUGCUGCGGGUGUGCCCCGAGGUGGUCGAGGGCGCCGACAACACGAUGGAGGUGCUGGACGAUAGGGCCCUCCAGGAAACUGUUCUCCAAGUAUGUUGCAGCUCCACCACCGCGACUGUUUCUGCUACCCUCACUCAGGUAUGUGAAUCCCUCCACGCCCGCGGUGUUAACUUGUGCCUUCUCAAGCAGGUAGCGCACCGGCUGCUGUUUGCCGGUCACUACGACAUACGUGCGGUGGAACAGACGGUGCAGUUGCUUGCGUGCGAGAUGCUCUGCCGUGCAGUAAAGCAGGAGUUCUACAUCGAGAUUCAAGGUAAACGCAUGGCCUACGACGAGCUUUUUCUGACGCGCACCCUCUCCAAAUACUUUGCAUUGGUGUUCGCUCCCUCGCCGCAGUUCCGCGCCAAAUUCCUUGACGUGGUCUCGAAAAAGUACGGCAUCACAGCCGAGGAUGAAGACCUCAUCGACGUGCUCGUCUCCUUCAGGACAGAGUGGAAGCAGCGCAUCAUGGACCGUGUGUGCCACCUACUCGGCGCCACGAUUCGCAAAGAGAACGGCGCCAUGCAGGUGACGUGGAGACCCUUCGCAAACUCGUCCGUAAUUCCACAAUUGGUGGACCCGGCAGUGGCAAUACAAUUGGCAGCGGUGUACAACCGCGUGCGCACGGACCCGCCACACUGGUACGCGUUCUGCUUGCCUCUGCGCUGGAAGGUGGCGUGCUGGCAGCGCAACUUUGCCGAAGCACUUAGCCUCGUGCGCGAGGGCGCAGCCGCGCAGGAGGAGCGCACCGGUCCGCAGCAUCUCAUCCGCUUGAUGAUGGAGCGCUCGGUCUGCCAUGUGUCUUUUCAAACGCAUGACUGGCAGUGCAUCCAGGACGGGCGGUCGCGCUUCCCUACCGUACUGGCAGGGUACGAGCAAUGGGCUAGCCGCAAGACCCAGGGGCGCCGCUGUAUCGAGUACGGCUUUUGGCUCGUCGACGUGGCAGAGGCGCUGAUCGAGGCGCCGGCAGAACUGCGCAGCUGCGUUGAAGAGGCCGUGUACUACUUCUACAAUGCCAUCGCGCGCAUGCCAGCUUAUUUGCGCAGCGAGCACGGAGCGUGGCUGCACCUGCAGCCGUACAUGGGUCUUCUGCGCUGCAAGAAGCUGCUGCCCUCGUGCUCCGUUGACACACAUGCUCUUGUCCAGCAUUCAGUGGAGCUGAGCAAGGUGGGCUGGGCCUCCGAUUUCUUCAUCAGCUACCUCAGUGAGUUGGGCCGGCAACUGGAAUACGAAGGGAACUUUGCGGACGCCAUUCAGGUGCUACUGACGGCCAUCUCGCUGUCGAAGGAAAAGCCAACAUUUGCGCCCGAUUUGCACACGCUUCUCGCCGACGCUGCCCAUGUCUACCGAUCCUGGGAUCUUCGCACGCACGCCGACGCGUGCCUUGAGCUCACGAAUGAAGCCAUCCGCUACGCCGCCAAGUACUACGGCGUAGAAAGUCGUGAAUACGGUGUCGCCCUCAACAACCGUGGCUCUAUCGAGAUCGAACUCGGCUGGUUCGGCCGCGCUGAGGAGACGCUGCGCAACGCUGGGGCCGCCUUGAACGCUGCGGGUGUUCCACACGGCGACCCCGACUACGUCGCGUACGCGCGUAACCUCGACACGCUGUGGCGGCGGCGGCACCCGAGCCAGCCACGGUCCACACAUCUCCCCAGAUUUCUGCGCCGCUUUCCUUUCUUGGAGUCUGCCUGCGAAGGCAUCCCAUGGGACGAUGUUCGGCCUAUCGAGGACGGCCGCUUUGCAGAGCUGGCGCGAAACCGUGCACGCGAGGCCGAGGGGACCAAGGAGGCAUACCGUCUGGAGGCCGAUAUGAAGCAGCGGGUCGGUGAGAUAUUCCGAGCUCUCUUGUCCGGCGCGACGCUCAAGCAGUACCCAUUCCUACCAGCUCAGCUGGAAGGAGUGUACGUGGAAGGUCUUUCACUCAUGUACGACCGAAUUUUCCUUGAGUUGGCGACGCAGUGGCAACAUACGCCGGCGGCGUCUCCAGCCCGCCACCUGCAAGAGCGUCGCAUGCUUGCAUACGUAUCGGUCAAGGGUCGGCGCAUGGCAGACCGCCGCGCCUACGAGCAUCACGUAGAGGACACAUUCCUGGAGCGUUACGGCACAUCCGUGAAUGUACUGCUUCCUGUGGAUUUCUCUGAGGUGGUGGAGGAUGCUGAGGUACAGUCCCUGAUGAGCGAGUACGAGCGAUUGAAGGCACACCGCGCACCUACGGCGGAGUUGAACGAGGCGCAGGCACGGAUUGGCCACCGUGUAGACGCCUUUGAGUCAGAGCAGUGGGGUUGGCGCCAGGCGAUCUCGGCUUGGGUGCCGGAGAGAUUGCUGCACUCCUGCUGCCUGCGCGACCUUUCUCGCGAUGGCGCCCUCCGUGACUUGCUGACCGCCCACCAACACGCCACACACACCGGAGAGAUCGUGAUGCCACAGGACAUUCUGGAGGCUCGCAUCGAAGCCCUGUGUAUGUCCAUCUGGGAGCGUGGGCAGCUCGAUCGCCUGUACUGCCGCUCUGAAUCUCACCAGCUGCAGCAGCGCUACCGUCUGUCCUCGCCUCGUGUGCAUCUCCAGCCCCUCGACGCCAUCUUUGAAGAUCUGCUCGAGCCGUGGAGUGGGAGUCUGCACGCCUCCACCGACCCAGACGACCGGGAUCACGUGGUUGCCGCGGUGCACCGGCGCGCAAGGCUCAACGCCGAUGCUGAAUACCUCGAGCAGUGGUAUCCGUGUCUCCGUGGGACGCAGUGCCCAACAUGGAUGCUGGUGGGUCUGCCUCACCGCUUCGACGCGGCCUACCAACGUGAGCGAGUGCAGUGGCAAAAGAGCGACGACAGCAACAGUGCUGUGGCACUGGUACGUCUUCGCCAAUACCUGGCCUUCAUCCAGACCCGCGCCCACAAAGCUCGCGUUGGUGUGAUGCGGAGCCGUAUCCGAGCUGAAGCGAUGUACCCCUUUCUGUGUUUGCGCUACGACGGUGUACAUGUGCUGGAUUUGGCUCUGGGCGAAGAUCGCAUCUUUUGUGAGCACUACGCCGACUACACGAGGCUGUCCAGCGAGUCGAAGCUAUCUGCACGGCAGCUGCAAUCCUGCGAAGAGCGUAUGAAGGCACGGGCGGCGGUUUUGGCGCAGCAGCUGCGCGAGCGAGAGGCAGCACUAGAGCACCGUUUUGGCAGCUACCUGCGCAGCGGCGACGCCCCUCUGCAGUGGUCGAGCACCUUUAUCGAGUACACUCCACGUGUCCUGCAGUAUGAGAAGUACCAUCUCGCCCACAAAAAAGAGGUGGCCGGCUCAAAAGCUGCGCGCGACUCCGCACGCUGCGCCCACAGACUUCGCAGGUGCAUACGACACAUGUCACAGGACCAGUUCCAGCGGCGCCUCAUACGCGGGAGCUACGGCGAAGAGAUCGCUGAGCGUUACCCGUAUCUAUCCCUCAUGCCUAUCGCCUCCGUUUCGCUGACCACGCUUCCUUUCGAGUGCCGGCAGGAGUUCCGCAUGCUGCACGCCACGCUUUUCGCGCCCCUGCGUGAAACUCAAGAGGACAUGGAGGGCAACAUGAAACGAAGCAACGCAGCAACGGCGGUGCCAGCGUCGCAUCUGUGCGCAUCUCUUCGCGCUUAUCGGCCGGAGUCCGUUGCGACCAAGACACACCAGUUGACGUGCAUUGUAGAGAAGAUGGCUCAGGAAGAGCUCGAUGCUCAGGUGCGGUUGCUGAAGGCGUUCCCCAGUAUUCCUCACUCGGUUCUCGGGGUUCCGACGACGCAGCUAGUGCUUCCGCCCAACUUUGAGCAGCAGUGGUCCAGAGCGGCAAAGGAGGGGUUCAAUGGCCCUUCCACACUAGAAGUAUACUCAGCUCUGGUGGAGUGCGCUACAUUCACUCGUGCCCUCCCACUCGCAAGGCAAUACCUCGACGAGCUGACUCUUGCAUCGCAACCGUUUCUCCUUUACACCACGCGCCAGUGCGUCUAUCUCCGUCACUUGCCCCUGCGCGACGAUGGACGGUACACUGCACUGCUCGAAAAGUAUGGUGCGCUAUUAGAGCGGAGCCCCCCAACGUCACCAGAGUGCGCUCUUCAGCGCGUGCGCCUGGCGGCUCGCGCAGACCAACUGGCGCUUCGGGCCACCCGACAGUGGGACCGCCUCCUCCGUCAGUUCCCUCAGCCCCCUGCCUUGAGCGAUGACCAACUCGUCCACCUGCAAAGGCAUCCGGCUAUGCUUCGAACGACGCAGCGAGCGCCUGACACAGCGAUAGACCCGCAUACAACUCAAACCAUCCUAGAGGACCUUGAAAAUCAGCAACGGCAAGAUACCGAAAGGGCCAUCGCAGACGCCGAGCUCCACAGCGACCUAUCCUUCCUUCACUCAUCGACUGAAGCACAGGACGUGACCGGAACUUCUACACUUCUCCAAUCCUACGAAACGGCCGAGCAAAGCCUACAAACCCCGUCGCAGCUGAACCAGGACGACAUUCCAUACGAGAACGAAAUUCAUGGCAAAACAACAAACAUCAAACAAAACGCGUCAUCCUCCAUAAUCCACCCCGCAAUCCCGUCCCGCCAUGAAAACCACACCAAGCCACGGGUGGCACCCACACCGAUACCGCAUGAAUAUGACGGUUUCAACAAAAUCACCUCCACCUACCCGUUCCUACGGCUGCACGAGGAGGAGGGGUGGGUGGAAGCGCUUGGGGCGGACGAGGCGUUCCAGCGUCUUGCUGCGGAGUACGCGGACCUGGUGUGCGAUCCGAGGAAGAACGCUGCCGCGCUGCGCGCUGUGGAGAACGGGAUGAACGAGCGCGGCGACGCGGUUGCUGCCGCGCUGCGGCGCGCUGCUGCGAUGGAGGAGCUGGCGUCGCGCUACCCGUUCCUACGGCUGCACGAGGAGGAGGGGUGGGUGGAAGCGCUUGGGGCGGACGAGGCGUUCCAGCGUCUUGCUGCGGAGUACGCGGACCUGGUGUGCGAUCCGAGGAAGAACGCUGCCGCGCUGCGCGCUGUGGAGAACGCGAUGAACGAGCGCAGCGACGCGGUUGCUGCCGCACUGCGGCGCGCUGCUGCGAUGGAGGAGCUGGCGUCGCGCUACCCGUUCCUACGGCUGCACGAGGAGGAGGGGUGGGUGGAAGCGCUUGGGGCGGACGAGGCAUUCCAGGGCCUUGCUGCGGAGUACGCGGACCUGGUGUGCGAUCCGAGAAAGAACGCUGCCGCGCUGCGCGCUGUGGAGAACGCGAUGAACGAGCGCGGCGACGCGGUUGCUGCCGCACUGCGGCGCGCUGCUGCGAUGGAGGAGCUGGCGUCGCGCUACCCGUUCCUACGGCUGCACGAGGAGGAGGGGUGGGUGGAAGCGCUUGGGGCGGACGAGGCGUUCCAGCGUCUUGCUGCGGAGUACGCGGACCUGGUGUGCGAUCCGAGGAAGAACGCUGCCGCGCUGCGCGCUGUGGAGAACGGGAUGAACGAGCGCGGCGACGCGGUUGCUGCCGCACUGCGGCGCGCUGCUGCGAUGGAGGAGCUGGCGUCGCGCUACCCGUUCCUACGGCUGCACGAGGAGGAGGGGUGGGUGGAAGCGCUUGGGGCGGACGAGGCGUUCCAGCGUCUUGCUGCGGAGUACGCGGACCUGGUGUGCGAUCCGAGGAAGAACGCUGCCGCGCUGCGCGCUGUGGAGAACGCGAUGAACGAGCGCGGCGACGCGGUUGCUGCCGCACUGCGGCGCGCUGCUGCGAUGGAGGAGCUGGCGUCGCGCUACCCGUUCCUACGGCUGCACGAGGAGGAGGGGUGGGUGGAAGCGCUUGGGGCGGACGAGGCGUUCCAGGGCCUUGCUGCGGAGUACGCGGACCUGGUGUGCGAUCCAGAGAAGAACGCUGCCGCGCUGCGCGCUGUGGAGAACGGGAUGAACGAGCGGGGGGACGCGGUUGCUGCCGCGCUGCGGCGCGCUGCUGCGAUGGAGGAGCUGGCGUCGCGCUACCCGUUCCUACGGCUGCACGAGGAGGAGGGGUGGGUGGAAGCGCUUGGGGCGGACGAGGCAUUCCAGGGCCUUGCUGUGGAGUACGCGGACCUGGUGUGCGAUCCGAGGAAGAACGCUGCCGCGCUGCGCGCUGUGGAGAACGCGAUGAACGAGCGCGGCGACGCGGUUGCUGCCGCACUGCGGCGCGCUGCUGCGAUGGAGGAGCUGGCGUCGCGCUACCCGUUCCUACGGCUGCACGAGGAGGAGGGGUGGGUGGAAGCGCUUGGGGCGGACGAGGCGUUCCAGCGUCUUGCUGCGGAGUACGCGGACCUGGUGUGCGAUCCAGAGAAGAACGCUGCCGCGCUGCGCGCUGUGGAGAACGCGAUGAACGAGCGCGGCGACGCGGUUGCUGCCGCACUGCGGCGCGCUGCUGCGAUGGAGGAGCUGGCGUCGCGCUACCCGUUCCUACGGCUGCACGAGGAGGAGGGGUGGGUGGAAGCGCUUGGGGCGGACGAGGCGUUCCAGCGUCUUGCUGCGGAGUACGCGGACCUGGUGUGCGAUCCGAGGAAGAACGCUGCCGCGCUGCGCGCUGUGGAGAACGCGAUGAACGAGCGCGGCGACGCGGUUGCUGCCGCACUGCGGCGCGCUGCUGCGAUGGAGGAGCUGGCGUCGCGCUACCCGUUCCUACGGCUGCACGAGGAGGAGGGGUGGGUGGAAGCGCUUGGGGCGGACGAGGCGUUCCAGGGCCUUGCUGCGGAGUACGCGGACCUGGUGUGCGAUCCAGAGAAGAACGCUGCCGCGCUGCGCGCUGUGGAGAACGGGAUGAACGAGCGCGGCGACGCGGUUGCUGCCGCGCUGCGGCGCGCUGCUGCGAUGGAGGAGCUGGCGUCGCGCUACCCGUUCCUACGGCUGCACGAGGAGGAGGGGUGGGUGGAAGCGCUUGGGGCGGACGAGGCGUUCCAGGGCCUUGCUGCGGAGUACGCGGACCUGGUGUGCGAUCCAGAGAAGAACGCUGCCGCGCUGCGCGCUGUGGAGAACGCGAUGAACGAGCGCGGCGACGCGGUUGCUGCCGCACUGCGGCGCGCUGCUGCGAUGGAGGAGCUGGCGUCGCGCUACCCGUUCCUACGGCUGCACGAGGAGGAGGGGUGGGUGGAAGCGCUUGGGGCGGACGAGGCGUUCCAGGGCCUUGCUGCGGAGUACGCGGACCUGGUGUGCGAUCCAGAGAAGAACGCUGCCGCGCUGCGCGCUGUGGAGAACGGGAUGAACGAGCGCGGCGACGCGGUUGCUGCCGCGCUGCGGCGCGCUGCUGCGAUGGAGGAGCUGGCGUCGCGCUACCCGUUCCUACGGCUGCACGAGGAGGAGGGGUGGGUGGAAGCGCUUGGGGCGGACGAGGCGUUCCAGCGUCUUGCUGCGGAGUACGCGGACCUGGUGUGCGAUCCAGAGAAGAACGCUGCCGCGCUGCGCGCUGUGGAGAACGCGAUGAACGAGCGCGGCGACGCGGUUGCUGCCGCACUGCGGCGCGCUGCUGCGAUGGAGGAGCUGGCGUCGCGCUACCCGUUCCUACGGCUGCACGAGGAGGAGGGGUGGGUGGAAGCGCUUGGGGCGGACGAGGCGUUCCAGCGUCUUGCUGCGGAGUACGCGGACCUGGUGUGCGAUCCGAGGAAGAACGCUGCCGCGCUGCGCGCUGUGGAGAACGCGAUGAACGAGCGCGGCGACGCGGUUGCUGCCGCACUGCGGCGCGCUGCUGCGAUGGAGGAGCUGGCGUCGCGCUACCCGUUCCUACGGCUGCACGAGGAGGAGGGGUGGGUGGAAGCGCUUGGGGCGGACGAGGCGUUCCAGGGCCUUGCUGCGGAGUACGCGGACCUGGUGUGCGAUCCGAGAAAGAACGCUGCCGCGCUGCGCGCUGUGGAGAACGCGAUGAACGAGCGCGGCGACGCGGUUGCUGCCGCACUGCGGCGCGCUGCUGCGAUGGAGGAGCUGGCGUCGCGCUACCCGUUCCUACGGCUGCACGAGGAGGAGGGGUGGGUGGAAGCGCUUGGGGCGGACGAGGCGUUCCAGCGUCUUGCUGCGGAGUACGCGGACCUGGUGUGCGAUCCAGAGAAGAACGCUGCCGCGCUGCGCGCUGUGGAGAACGGGAUGAACGAGCGCGGCGACGCGGUUGCUGCCGCGCUGCGGCGCGCUGCUGCGAUGGAGGAGCUGGCGUCGCGCUACCCGUUCCUACGGCUGCACGAGGAGGAGGGGUGGGUGGAAGCGCUUGGGGCGGACGAGGCGUUCCAGCGUCUUGCUGCGGAGUACGCGGACCUGGUGUGGGAUCCGAGGAAGAACGCUGCCGCGCUGCGCGCUGUGGAGAACGCGAUGAACGAGCGCGGCGACGCGGUUGCUGCCGCACUGCGGCGCGCUGCUGCGAUGGAGGAGCUGGCGUCGCGCUACCCGUUCCUACGGCUGCACGAGGAGGAGGGGUGGGUGGAAGCGCUUGGGGCGGACGAGGCGUUCCAGGGCCUUGCUGCGGAGUACGCGGACCUGGUGUGCGAUCCAGAGAAGAACGCUGCCGCGCUGCGCGCUGUGGAGAACGGGAUGAACGAGCGCGGCGACGCGGUUGCUGCCGCACUGCGGCGCGCUGCUGCGAUGGAGGAGCUGGCGUCGCGCUACCCGUUCCUACGGCUGCACGAGGAGGAGGGGUGGGUGGAAGCGCUUGGGGCGGACGAGGCGUUCCAGGGCCUUGCUGCGGAGUACGCGGACCUGGUGUGCGAUCCGAGAAAGAACGCUGCCGCGCUGCGCGCUGUGGAGAACGCGAUGAACGAGCGCGGCGACGCGGUUGCUGCCGCACUGCGGCGCGCUGCUGCGAUGGAGGAGCUGGCGUCGCGCUACCCGUUCCUACGGCUGCACGAGGAGGAGGGGUGGGUGGAAGCGCUUGGGGCGGACGAGGCGUUCCAGCGUCUUGCUGCGGAGUACGCGGACCUGGUGUGGGAUCCGAGGAAGAACGCUGCCGCGCUGCGCGCUGUGGAGAACGCGAUGAACGAGCGCGGCGACGCGGUUGCUGCCGCACUGCGGCGCGCUGCUGCGAUGGAGGAGCUGGCGUCGCGCUACCCGUUCCUACGGCUGCACGAGGAGGAGGGGUGGGUGGAAGCGCUUGGGGCGGACGAGGCGUUCCAGCGUCUUGCUGCGGAGUACGCGGACCUGGUGUGGGAUCCGAGGAAGAACGCUGCCGCGCUGCGCGCUGUGGAGAACGCGAUGAACGAGCGCGGCGACGCGGUUGCUGCCGCACUGCGGCGCGCUGCUGCGAUGGAGGAGCUGGCGUCGCGCUACCCGUUCCUACGGCUGCACGAGGAGGAGGGGUGGGUGGAAGCGCUUGGGGCGGACGAGGCGUUCCAGGGCCUUGCUGCGGAGUACGCGGACCUGGUGUGCGAUCCAGAGAAGAACGCUGCCGCGCUGCGCGCUGUGGAGAACGGGAUGAACGAGCGCGGCGACGCGGUUGCUGCCGCACUGCGGCGCGCUGCUGCGAUGGAGGAGCUGGCGUCGCGCUACCCGUUCCUACGGCUGCACGAGGAGGAGGGGUGGGUGGAAGCGCUUGGGGCGGACGAGGCGUUCCAGCGUCUUGCUGCGGAGUACGCGGACCUGGUGUGCGAUCCGAGGAAGAACGCUGCCGCGCUGCGCGCUGUGGAGAACGCGAUGAACGAGCGCGGCGACGCGGUUGCUGCCGCACUGCGGCGCGCUGCUGCGAUGGAGGAGCUGGCGUCGCGCUACCCGUUCCUACGGCUGCACGAGGAGGAGGGGUGGGUGGAAGCGCUUGGGGCGGACGAGGCGUUCCAGCGUCUUGCUGCGGAGUACGCGGACCUGGUGUGCGAUCCGAGGAAAAACGCUGCCGCGCUGCGCGCUGUGGAGAACGGGAUGAACGAGCGCGGCGACGCGGUUGCUGCCGCGCUGCGGCGCGCUGCUGCGAUGGAGGAGCUGGCGUCGCGCUACCCGUUCCUACGGCUGCACGAGGAGGAGGGGUGGGUGGAAGCGCUUGGGGCGGACGAGGCGUUCCAGCGUCUUGCUGCGGAGUACGCGGACCUGGUGUGCGAUCCGAGGAAGAACGCUGCCGCGCUGCGCGCUGUGGAGAACGGGAUGAACGAGCGCGGCGACGCGGUUGCUGCCGCACUGCGGCGCGCUGCUGCGAUGGAGGAGCUGGCGUCGCGCUACCCGUUCCUACGGCUGCACGAGGAGGAGGGGUGGGUGGAAGCGCUUGGGGCGGACGAGGCGUUCCAGCGUCUUGCUGCGGAGUACGCGGACCUGGUGUGCGAUCCAGAGAAGAACGCUGCCGCGCUGCGCGCUGUGGAGAACGGGAUGAAGGAGCGCGGCGACGCGGUUGCUGCCGCACUGCGGCGCGCUGCUGCGAUGGAGGAGCUGGCGUCGCGCUACCCGUUCCUACGGCUGCACGAGGAGGAGGGGUGGGUGGAAGCGCUUGGGGCGGACGAGGCGUUCCAGCGUCUUGCUGCGGAGUACGCGGACCUGGUGUGCGAUCCAGAGAAGAACGCUGCCGCGCUGCGCGCUGUGGAGAACGGGAUGAAGGAGCGCGGCGACGCGGUUGCUGCCGCACUGCGGCGCGCUGCUGCGAUGGAGGAGCUGGCGUCGCGCUACCCGUUCCUACGGCUGCACGAGGAGGAGGGGUGGGUGGAAGCGCUUGGGGCGGACGAGGCAUUCCAGGGCCUUGCUGCGGAGUACGCGGACCUGGUGUGCGAUCCGAGGAAGAACGCUGCCGCGCUGCGCGCUGUGGAGAACGCGAUGAAGGAGCGCGGUAGAUGGGUUGGUGUGCUGCUGUCUGAGAAGGGUUUUUGUGAGCUUCUGGAUGGUGUGAUUGCGGAGGAAGACACCAGUCGGUGCAGAAUGAGAGCUUCGGAGGGAGACGGACGGGGAGUCAUCGUUUUCGAUGCUUUGCUUGAAAGUGAAGAGGUUGAGCGAAAUCGGAUAAUUUCCCUGGAAGAGGAGAGGUUGUCAAGUCUGAGCAGCGCGUUGUUCUUGGAGCGCUCUGCAUUAUCCGAGGCCACGCGGGCGCGGUUUGAGAAGGCGUUUGCAGACUGUUCAGCGGAGGAGGCAGCUGGUCGAAAGGCUGUGCAGUUGGAGGCGUAUGCUCGUCUGGCUUCAGUGGCUGUAGAGUUCGUGCAGAACGAGGAGAAGGCUAGGCGCUGUGCCAUCCACGCCGUGGAGGAGGCUGCUGCGCUGGAACUUGCUGACGCUGCGUUGCGCGAUCGUGAGGCGGCAGCCGAGCAGAUGCGGUUGCGUCAACACCGGGCGCUUGCGGACUGCGAGUCAGUGGAGGGUGAUGUGCGUGGCCAAGUCGCAGCUGAUGAGGCUGCAGCUCGUUUCAGUGUAGCCGCGCCUUUUCUCAUGUCCGAGGAAGCCCUGCAACGUAAAGAAAUCCUGUCGAUGGAGCAGCAGUCGGCUGUGCAGCUCGCUAUGCGAGAGAGUUGUGAGCGCGGGGUCGUGCUGCGCAAGAUGCUUUCGCGACUGAGUGCAUUUAUCGAGUCUUCUGUGGAAAAGGAAGCGGAGUCACGAAGUGCGCUGGAGUUGUUGGAGACGAGGACGCGCGAUGCUCUCGCUGAAGAUGCGAAGAAACACACAGAGGCGCUUUCAUUAGUAGCUGCACGGCGGAGCUCUCUGCUCCAAAGCGAGACGCUGACCCGUGAGGGUGUUGAGCUGGAUGAAAAGGGCACGCGUGAGUCCCUGAAAGGCGAGUAUCAGCUGUUACGGGAGAGCGUGGCAUCAAAGUACCCGGGGGCGACGGAGUCCCACAAGGCACACGCGAAACUCGAAGCUACCGAGGCAUUGCUGCCGAUGGAAGAGAAUUCGUUAGACAUUGCCCUCUCGUCUGAACAGUCAGUUGCCCUUCUACAGAGAGCUGGUCGGGGCCGUCUCUUGCGAAAGAAGCUGCAGAGGCGUUUGGAGAAUCGGCGCCGUGAUAUCCUCAAGCAGGGUGUGAGCCAUAUUCUCGCGGAAGAGUUUACGGGCAGACGCACUAUUGUGGGGGAUGAGUACUUGCAGCGGCAAGGCUUGCGCGAUCAGUACGACCGUGCGGUCCCUAUGACACACUAUGAUGACCCAGUUGAUGUGGCGCUGCAGCAGCUGAUGAUAGCUGAGGAGUCUGAGCGCGACAAUAUCCUCAGCGACUACAUUCUCGCCCGUGGUGCCAUUGAGCGGGCAGAGCACAAGCAGUUUCUCAAACAGAAAGCGCUUUUGUGGGUCUCUGGGGCACUUGAGUUCUCUGAUGACGAGGAGGUGGCUGAUCUGCACUUGUCAGACUUCCAAGGUACAGAGAGCACUCUGACGGCUGGCAGCCGGACAAACCGCUCUAGGACUCGAUACAAGGGAUUCGAACUUGACGCCCUCGGUCGCUUCUUGCUCGACUACGAGAAGGACAUCAACCAAAUGCAGACGACGCUGGCCGACUUCCGCCGCUCUGUGGCCAUCGUGCAUGACCAACUAAAGGAUGCCCGAGAUCGUGCGGCGCAGGAGAUUGUGCGCGGUGGCACAGGCGCUAUUUGGGUGCCUGCGCGUCCGCUCCCCCUCGCAGAUCUUGUGAGGGGCCCCAACACUCAGUACGAGGGCAAACGAGCUCAUCGAGCACUGUAG